AUGACGAUCAAACAGGAAGCUCAAGGGGAAGCCAGCGUGGCGCUGGCCGAUCCCGUCCUCCUUGACAAGAUCGACCAAUUGUUUGCCUGCAAUGUGGGAGAAUACAUCGAUCUGCCACAGUUGGUCGUUGUUGGAGACCAAUCCAGCGGGAAAAGCUCCGUCUUGGAGGGUCUGACCAAAUUGAAAUUCCCUCGGAACACUGGUCUGUGUACUCGAUUUGCGACUCAGAUUCUAUUCCGGAGAGAUCCCAGCUUGAAAAGGCGCAGAGUGAAUGGCUCCAUCAUAUCGGCCACCCCUCACGAUGAAAAUACUGCGGGUUGGAGUGUCACUGACAUUGACACCUUGAGUGCCACCGAGUUUGAGAGUAUGAUGACGGAUGUUCACACCACGAUGGGCCUAAAAGCCACCACGGGCGACGGGCGGCCCUCGUUCUCCGCGGACGUUCUUCGGCUGGAGAUUCAUGGACCAGAUGAAAAUCACUUCAGUGUCAUUGACGUUCCUGGGAUAUUCAAAACCACAACCCCCGGCGUGACAUCGAAGUCCGAUAUCGACCUGGUGAGAGGUAUGGUGCUGAACUACAUGCGCAACCCUCGGUCUAUCAUGCUUGCUGUGGUACCGGCCAAUGUGGACAUUGCAACGCAGGAGAUUAUCGAAAUGACGCGCGAGCUGGAUCCGGACGGUAUGAGAACCUUGCGAAUUCUUACGAAGCCAGACCUGGUCGACAAAGGCGCAGAAGAGGCGAUCAUUGAGCUGGUGGAAGGGAAACAGGAAUCGCAAGGACUUGGAUGGGUAGUCGUCCGAAAUCUUGGCCAGAAGGAACUUCAAGAUCCAUCCAAGGACCGUGAUGCAGAAGAAGAGAUCGUCCGCAAGACCGCUCCGUGGAACCGCCUCUCGGAUGACAACUACGGUAUUGAAGCGCUGGCCAAGCGAAUUCAGGUCCUGUUGACUUCCAACGUCCGGCGUGUGUUCCCAAAGGUGCGAUCGGAAGUCUCGAAGCGUCUUAAGGAAUGUAAAAAGGCCCUGGACGAUCUUGGGGACGAACGUGGCUCUCCGGAACAACAAAGCAAAUAUUUGCUUGAUAUUGUAGCAAAAUUUCAGCGUAUCACCGAAAAUGCUUUGCAUACGAAUUACGGAUCCCAAGAUGCUUUUGACGACGAGCCUGAUCUCCGACUGGCCACGUUGGUCGCGAAUCGCAACGCACAGUUUUCGGCCGACUUUGCUCUUCGGGGCCAUAUGUAUAACUUCAAGUCGCAUAGUCAUGACGACGACCCGCAAAGUCGAGAAAGCUCACCGCCGAGCCCUACUGGCGCUAUCAUGGGUGAAAGCGAAGAAGAAGAAGAAGGAGGAGGAGGAGGAACUUGCAAGUCAGUCCCCAGCAGAAAACUGAAUGUUUGUCAGGAUAUCGAGGAUGUGCUCCAUGACAGUGAGCCCAUCCAUAAUGCACUCGCACAAGGUAUCCUUCCUUGGAUCGAAAAUCUCUACAAAGCGUCUCGCGGAUUCGAACUCGGUACCUUCAAUUCUUCUAUACUUGCAAGCGUCCUGAAGAAGCAAUCCGCCAAGUGGCCCACUCUAGCGGAGGGGUACAUCUGUGAUGUUGUUUGCAUGGUUCACGUUUUCACGCGUAAGGCACUCAACAUCGCCUGUGGCGAUCAGAGACGAGGAGAGAUUAUCCUCUCAUUUCUGAUGGACGACCUCAUUGAAAAAUACCGAAGCGCCCUGUCGAUGACAGACUUUCUCCUUCGAAUUGAGAGGGAAGGAACCCCAAUGACCCAAAAUCAUUACCUGAACAGCAAUUUGCAAAAAUGUCGGCAGGGCCGCAUCUCUUCUGCAGUCGAAAAGUCAUCAUUCCAUGUGACAAACGAGCAUGGCUCCAGAGAAAAAUCAGUUCGACUCUCUGAUCUCACCCGGAUUCACGACAUGAGUAAUCUAGAGCAGACCGUGCAAGACAUUCACGACAUCUUGAAAUCAUACUACAAGGUCGCUCAGAAAAGGUUUAUUGACAAUAUGUGCAUGCAAGCGGCGAACUAUCAUUUGGUCACUGGACCAGCAGCGCCGAUGACAUUGUUCUCUCCCUCCUGGGUGUACCGUCUUUCACCCGAGCAAUUGGAACAAAUGGCCGGAGAGGAGAUAUCGAUUCGGAGGAAGCGACAUCGUUUACAAAAGCAGGUAAAAGACCUUGAGAUGGGGCGCAAAAUUGUUCUUUAA